UUCCUCCUCGCCUUCUCCGCCCCGCGCGCGGCCGGCCGCUUCUUCCCCGCCCCAGCGGGCGGCGCCACCGCGCAAGCCGACGCGAGCGGUGGUUGCGCCCGCGCGAGCGCGACCGGUUCCCGCGUCGUCGCUGCCAGUCCCCGUCCCCGUCCCCCCACCUAACCUAACGCCCCACCCCCAAUCGAUCGCCUCGCCUCGCCUCGUCAGGCGGGGGAGGGGCCGGUCAAAGGAAGUGAGGGGGGGGGGAGGGGAUUCCCCCGAGCCGAGCGAGGAGCGGGGCCUGCGCGAGAGCGGUCCCCGGUGCCCUUGCCCAUGGCCGCCGCGCCGGCCUCGUCGCCGGUCGAGUUCCUGCUGUGCCGCCCGCCGCCGCGGCAGCGGCGGAGGCCGCCGCUGGCCGGCGCCUUCUUCGCGCCCACGGGGCUCGCGGGCGCGCCGCUGCUCCGCGCGCUGGCGUCGCUCUCGGCGGACCUGCUGGCGGGCCCGCGCCCGCCGUCGCAGCGCCGGAACCUCGACGCCGUCACGCGGCGCCUCGCGCUGCUCUCCGCGCUCCUCGACUCGCUCCUCCUCUCCCUCGGCGACGCCGAGGGCGAGGGCGAGGGGGCCUUCUCCGACGCCGCCAACCUCUGCUUCCGCGAGCUCUACGUCGUGCUCUUCCGCGCCGACCUGCUCGUCUCCUACGUCGCCUCCGCCGGCCGCGCGUGGGCGCUUCUCAGGGGGGCCCACCUCGCCGCCUCCUUCCGGGACCUCGACGCCGAGCUCGCCGUCGUCCUCGACGUUCUCCCCGCCGCCUCGCUCCGCCUGUCGUGGGACGCGGCCGAGCUCCUCGACCUGCUCCGCGCCCGCUGCCGCCGACGCGCGCCGGGUCAGUACCACGACCCCGCCGAGGCCGCUCUCCGGGACCGCCUCCUCGCCGCCCUGCGCCACUUCGAGCUCGGCCAGCCGCCCGACCACUCCAAGCUCGAAUCCCUCCUCGCCCAAAUCGGCAUCUCGGACGCUGCUUCUUGCCGCGCUGAAAUCGAGUACCUGGAGGAGCAAAUCCUGAGCCAGGAGGAGGACACCGACCUCCCCCUCGUAGGCGGCGUCGUCGCCUUGCUCCGGCACUGCCUCUUCUCCCUCUUCGACCCUGGCAACACAAAGGCGUCGCGUGUUUGGCCAUCGGCGGGCGAUAGGCAGCGGCUGCUCUCGUGGAGCAGCAGCGACGAUAGUUCCUUCUCGGUGCCCAAGGAGUUUUCCUGCCCGAUUUCUUUGGAUUUGAUGCGCGACCCCGUGGUGGUCUCCACCGGGCAGACGUAUGAUCGGCCAUCGAUUAUACAGUGGAUCGAGGAGGGGCAUUCCACCUGCCCCAACUCUGGCCAGGCCCUCGCUGACAACCGGCUUGUGCCAAACAGAGCGCUCCGCAGCUUGAUUUUACAGUGGUGCGGAGUGCAUGGCUUUCAGUAUGAUUCACCGGAGAGCAGCGAGGGGAUGAUUGAGUGUGUUGCUGCAUCGUGCAGCAGCAAGGCAGCAAUUGAGGCGAACAAGGCCACAGCAAGGAUUUUGGUCAGGAUGCUGGUAGAGGGAUCUGAUAGUGAAAAGCCGGUCGCAGCUAGGGAAAUCCGGUUGCUGGCAAAGACUGGGAAGCAGAACCGCGCAUUCAUCGCUGAGUUGGGUGCGAUCCCAUUGCUGUGCAGGCUGCUGCUGUCGUCGGAUUGGAUGGCGCAGGAGAAUGCGGUGACUGCGCUGCUCAAUCUGUCGAUCUAUGAGCCGAACAAGACGCGGAUUAUGGAACAAGAGGGUUGCCUGCGGCUUAUCGUCAGUGUAUUGAAGAAUGGGUGGACUACGGAGGCCAAGGAGAAUGCUGCAGCAACACUCUUCAGUUUAUCUGUUGUCCAUGAUUACAAGAAGAAGAUCAUGAAUGAGCCAGGGGCCGUCGAGGAGCUUGCCUCUAUGCUGACCAGAGGGACACCAAGGGGAAAGAAAGAUGCAGUGAUGGCACUUUUCAACCUGUCAACACAUCCAGAAAGCUCAAGUCGGAUGCUUGAGUCAUCUGCAGUUGUUGCUUUAAUCGAGUCACUGAGGAACGACACCGUGUCAGAGGAAGCUGCUGGUGCGCUGGCUCUGCUGAUGAAACAGCCUACCAUUGUGCAUCUUGUUGGGAGUUCUGAAACUGUGAUCACUAGCCUUGUUGGAUUAAUGAGGCGAGGAACUCCAAAGGGCAAGGAAAAUGCAGUAUCAGCUUUAUACGAGAUAUGCCGUAGGGGUGGGUCAACAUUGGCACAGCGAGUGGCAAAGAUACCUGGAUUGAACACAGUAAUACAGAACAUCACGCUCACAGGAACAAAGCGUGCCAAGAAGAAAGCAAGCUUGAUUGUCAAGAUGUGCCAGAGAAGCCAAAUGCCAUCAGCAUUGGCACUAGGAAGUACCUUGACAGUGGUUGAUCAUUCAUUGGUAGGGAACAGCACAUUGAGGCGUGCUGCAAGCUUUGGCAGCGGGGAGUUGUCAAACCCUGUGUCAAUUUCAGUGCCUGUGCCCUAGGUGGAAAAAGUUUCCAUUCCAGAGCCCACAUAAUUGUCACAUUUGGUGAGUUUUGUCCCCAAAAUUCUUUCAUUUCAUGCUCAAAUGAAGGUAUACAAAUUUAAUCCAAAGAAUCAAAUAUAUCAGAUGUGCUUGUGUGUAUUUGGUUGUGAAUAACUGUGCAGAUAUAGAUUUACAGGUAGAAUUCCAGCUUGAUGUUUCCUUGGCAAGCUUGGAAAUUAUUUAUUUUUUGUUUCAGUUUCAAAAAUGCCGAAUAUGUAUGCUACUUGCUGUAAACUGUUCGCAUAAUUAGUAGUUUACUUUGAGGCAACCUUGGAAAGAAAUAUCAUUUCACCGAUGGACUUGUAAUAGAACAGAGGAUGAAUUACCGCAAACACAUCUUGAACA